AUAUAUAUAUCCAACGUUCACAUACACAACACAACACACACCUAACUUGUUUAUGAGAGCUAUAAGUCACCACCUUCUAGUUUCACUACUCGAUUGGAGAAUCUCUACCUCACGAUCUCUUUUUUCUCUUAGAACCAUCAUGUCACAAUCUGAUCAUUCCUCUGCUUUUACCACACCCAGAUUAGUUCUCAAGAAGGUUUUGGCCAAAUCUCAACAUGAAGGGGAUGGAGCUGUUGUUAGAAGAGGCAUUGGAAGGAGCGAGUUGAAGAACUUGGAUCCCUUCCUAAUGUUGGAUCACUUCUCAGUAUCUCCCCCAGCAGGAUUUCCGGAUCAUCCACACCGAGGUUUUGAAACCGUCACCUACAUGCUAGAGGGAGGCAUCACUCACCAAGAUUUUGCUGGGCACAAGGGUACAAUAAGAAAGGGUGAUGUUCAGUGGAUGACCGCAGGCAGGGGAAUCAUUCACUCUGAAAUGCCCGCAGAAGCAAACAACAACAAGGGAUUGCAACUAUGGAUCAAUUUAUCAUCCAGGGACAAAAUGAUGGAGCCUAACUACCAAGAGCUUCCAAGUGAGAACAUACCAAGAGCAGAAAAAGAUGGGGUUGAAGUGAGAGUGAUAGCAGGAGAAGCAAUGGGAGUGCAUUCUCCUGUGUACACACGAACACCAACCAUGUACCUUGUUUUCUGCAUGAUGCCCGGAACUCAGUGGCAUCAGAGGAUUCCAGAGUCGUGGAAUGCCUUUGUUUAUACAAUUGAAGGGGAAGGAGUAUUCGGGUGUCCAAGUUCAUCCCCAACAGUGGCACACCAUGUCCUUGUUUUGAGUCAAGGUGAUGGCCUUAGCGUAUGGAAUAACUCUUCCAAGCCUUUGAGGUUUGUUCUGAUUGGAGGCCAACCACUGAACGAGCCAGUUGUUCAGUAUGGGCCUUUUGUGAUGAACACACAGUCUGAGAUUGAGAAGACAAUUGAAGACUAUCACUAUGGCAGGAAUGGCUUUGAGAUGAGCAAGUAUUGGAUGUCUCAACAGUAAUACUAUCUAUUAGAUUUAAAUAAGAAGCAUGUUUUCUCAAUCCUUUUCAGUGUCACAGGCGUAGUUAUCAAAGUCAAAAAGCUAGUACGAGCUCAAAAGAAAAUACUACUAUUGCUUAUUCUAUCCUUUUCAUUUCCAUGUAAUGAAAGCUUCUAGAAUAUUAAAAUUGCUGCCCGGACAACUAUUGGUUGUGGCUCUAGUCAUGAUGGGUCAGCUUAUCUUGAUUUUUUUUCAUACUUUC